GACACAUAAAAAGUAUAUAUGGAGUGAAAUAAACCAAGAUGCUUGUUCACGAUCUCAUCUGUCCAAAGUUGGAAACCCUCAUCGUAAAACCUUCAGAACAAUUUAAUUCAUGGCAGACGAAAAGAUACAGCAGAUAUAUCAUGAAAGGCAAAAGCUACAGUUUUGCCUCUUACACGCUCUCAAUAACCUUUUCCAGGAGAAGGAUGCAUUUACACGAAAAAAUUUGGAUGAAAUAGCUGAAAAACUUGUUCUUGACGAUCCAUACAAAGGAAACUGGACACCGCUUCGGGUCAUCUUCAAGCCUCAUCAUAAUUCACUAACGGGUAAUUACGAUAUAAACGUGCUAAUCACUGCAGUAGAAGGAAAGGGAAAGAAGGUGGUAUGGCAUGAUCGUCGUAACAAAGCUUCUUCCAUUAAUCUCGAUGAAUCUGAAAGUAGGUUAACGGGAAUCGUGUUAAACGUUCCUGUUAAAAGAUACGGUGGGAUUUGGAAAAGCAGACAUUGGGUUUGUUUGAGAAAGGUUAAUGGCGUUUGGUAUAAUUUGGAUAGUGAUUUUGCAUCUCCGUACUCGUUUCAAAGUGUUGAAGAAUUUAGGGAUUUUUUGGAUGCUGCGAUGGAUUGCGGUACUGAAAUACUGCUUGUAAAGGAUGAUGAGUAGUUACAAACUUUGUAUAUAUUCGCUUGUUAACCUUAGUUUUCAAGUCAAGGUAACAGUCGUUGCUUGAAGCAACCUGAAGGUUGAUCAUGCUAUGAAAACAUGUUUAGGAAAACGAUUAUGUCGAGUGAUCCUGUAUGUAUUCCCGAUAUUUGAAUAGAAUGCUUUAAGAAACCAUGAACAUCCAAGAGAAACGCGAUGCUAUCUCUAGUAUAUUCGGACUUUUUCAGGUAUUAGCUUCUUUGAAGUUGAAAUUAUAUGUAUUAGAGAACUUAAAGGUUAAAGAAGAAAUGCAGGUUAAUAUACAGAGAACUCUUUUAUGCAAA